CGUAGAUAGUUGCAAUUAUUUUGCAGCUGAUUUCUUCGUUUUUUUGUGAAUACUUUUUUUUAAACUUUUGAUUGAAAUUAUAGAAAAGUACAAGCCAAAUUACAUUUCACAUGUUUGUAUGAAAACAGAUGCAGUUGAUUUGUGUACUUGUCUGCUCAGUAUACGUACCUAAACGAGAACUUUAGGAGUGCGGGAGAAUUGAAGACAAAAUUGAAAAUAUAGAGCCUAUGGUCUUGCCCUAUUUUUAUUGUCUACUCUAUACAGUAAAAAAAAAAGAAAAAAAAAAGCUUUUUGUGUAUGGACCACUACGACCCUCCCCCUAAACAAAAAAAGAACAAAAAUAGUUGAUCCAGAAAAAGGAAGGAAGUGGAGCGUUUUUUCAACAUCAUAAGGGGGGCUGUGUCCCUAUUCCCCACUGUGUGCUUACCUCCCGACAUUUAUAGCCCAGAGGGCCUUGCUAAAGACCUCUAGCUGGAAGAACUGCGCACAAAGGAGAGAAUCAUACAAAUAAUAUGGUCCAGGAGAGACAAUGGGGAGGUCCUCGGGAUGGAAACAACAGGAUGAGACCGCUACUUAUGUGUUUGAAGUGAACCCAUUGACUGUGUAUCAUGGUAACUCCUGUUUGAAGGAGGCUGCAGGUUUGCUUAGCAUUCUUUAUUGUUGGUAUAUCUAAGUAUAAAAUAUAGCCAUAGUCUCUAUUUUGACUUACUUUAAAUAGCACUGAAUUUUAGGCAAACAGCAUGCAAUGAUUUACACCUAACUUCCACAUGAUGGCAUGAUAGACUCUGUUGGUUGCUACACAUCUGUGUGUGGGUGUUGAUACUUUCUUUCGAUUUGUAUCUGUCAUCUCUCUUACACUAGCCUACAUGUUCAUUUGAUCAGUAUGCUUUAUUUCUCAUCUGUAAAGCUGUUAAUCCAGCCAUUACUUCUACUGUAGGAGAUGUUCAUCAGCUAUACCUGUUUUGAUUUGGUUUGGGCAGUAUAUGUUAUGGCCAGUUUAGCCCAUUCUGAGAGUCAUUUAAUAAAGCAUGCCGAGUGCAAUGAAGACAUUUCUAUGAACUGUGAAGCUGUGAAGAACAACAUGCAUAAAUCCAUUACUUGGUAUAAGCUGAACAAUCGGACUGGUAUUAUUAGAAAAAGGGACAACAACGUUCCAGAGAAAUAUGACUAUCCCAGACCAGCCUGGUUUGGUGAGAAUGACAGUCUGGUUCUUCCCAGAGUCAGGCCUGAGGAUUCAGGGACCUAUGAGUGUCUAAUUAGAGCUGAAAUAGGAAAAAUCAACAGAAAGUCUUCCGUUAUCCUUCAUGUAUCAACUGUUUGUGACACCCUAACUACGAUGACUGCUUUGGUGAAAGAGUGUCAAAACAUGACCCACAGCAGCCCUAUGUACCCCAUACAAGUUUUGGAAGUCUCUACAGUGUGGACUUCAUGUGGCUUCUUGAUCAUGGUCCUUGUCAAAAUCACUCUAUGUAUCAUCUCCAUAGGGGUUGUUGGAGAGAUCAAGAAGAGCCAUAGCAGGAGAAAACAGCAUUGGUAAACAGUUGAUGCAUCUUGGUCUACAAACCACAAGUAAAUCUCUGCAGUUUGUGCGUGUAAAAACUGAUAAGCUACGUUAGAUAAAAAUGCAAAACCAACUGGGUUGUAGGACUGUACUGCAUUAUUUAUUUUUUUAUGUGAAUACAAUUUUAGAAUGGGCAAACCUAUUUCAGUGUACAUAUAAAUAACUAAAACCAAAUAAAGGUAAGAACUACAACAGAUAUGGGCAGUAUUUCAAUAGGCUCUGUGCACCAGCAUA